AUGCCUGGGCAUCAGAAGAGUCAAGAAGGCACCCAUGGUGAAGACCUUCUGAUCCUCAGUGAGAUCCAGGGCCCAGAGGUUGCACAGGUGUCAGGGACUGUGGAGGCGCCCUCUACCUCCUCCUCCCAGCUUCUGAUGCCUGGCAACCUGAGUGAGUCUCCUGGUGCUCUAACACCCAGCACACCCAGCACUCCUGAGGAUCUUCAGAAUUCCUGCUCCUCUCCUGUUGCCGUUAUGGCCCCCUCUUUGAUCCAGUCCAGUGAAGGUUCUGGCAGCAAAGAAGAGGAGAGUGUUCCAAACACCUCAGCGAUGGUGGCAGACCCCGAGCAUGUGCCCAAAAGUGCUCUGGAUGAGAAAGUGGCUUUCUUGGUGAAUUUCCUGCUGCUCAAGUAUCAAAUGAAAGAGCCAGCCCGAAAGGCAGAUAUGUUGAAGUUCAUCAUGGAAGAUGAUGAGGUCCGCUUCUGUGAGAUCCUCCUGCGGGCCUCUGAGCGCCUGGAGAUGGUCUUUGGCCUUGAUGUGAAGGAAAUGGAUCCCAUCAACCAGUGCUAUGGCCUCUCCAUCAAGCUGGGCCUCACCUACGAUGGGAUGCUUAGUGAUGAAGAGAAUAUACCCAAGACGGGGCUCCUGAUACUCAUGCUGGGUGUGAUCUUCAUGAAGGGUAAYCGUGCCACUGAAGAGGAGAUCUGGGAUGUGCUGAAAAUGACGGGGAUCCAUCGUGAUCAGAAGCACUUCAUCUUCGGGGAUGCCAGGCAGCUCAUCGCCCAUGAUUUUGUGAAUGAAAAGUACCUGGAGUACCACCAGGUGGCCAACAGUGAUCCAGUGCAGUAUGAGUUCCAGUGGGGCCCAAGAGCCCAUGCCGAAACCAGCAAGAUGAAAGUCCUCGAGUUUUUGGCCAAGGUUCAUGGAACCAACCCACGUGAUUUCUCAGCUCAGUAUGAGGAAGCUCUGCUAGAAGAAGAGGAGAGAGCACUGGCCAGAAUUUCAAUUGAGUCUGCCUCCAGUUCCUUGGCCACUGCCAGUUCCAGUGCCAUGGGUGACAGCUCCUCCAGCAUCUAG